AUGCUAGGUGUCUUUGACACGCUCGGCGUCGCCGUCUGGAUCCCGCUCCUCGACUUCAUUGUGCUUCCGCGACGGCAAACUAGAUAUGGUAUUCGCGCUGUGGACAAGGUUGCAGCUGGUCUUCUUCUCUCGAGCGCGACCAUGGUGUGGGUCGGCCUCGUCGACGCUCGUCCUUGCCGAUUGUCCUCGACGACGGUCUCGGUCCGAGAUGAUGGCACGCAGCAGCCGAUGAACAAUCUCUCGUGGCUCAUGGCUGUCUUCUACGCCCACGUCCCAUCGCAUCUCAAGAGCUGUGCGCAAGCGCUCAACUCGUUCAUGAUGGCCAUGGGCGACAACCUCGCAUCGAUUUGCACGCUCCUCUUUGCGCCGUACAUCACUGACAACCUCAACGACGGCCACCUCGAAUACAUGCUCUUCGCGCUCGCACUCCUCGCCACUCUCAGUGCUCUCGGCUUUCUCCUCGCCAUGGACAAGCUGGGCUUUGGUGACAUGACCACUCGUCGCAUUCUCUCCGAUGCAACGACGACGGCGCUGCGUGCUCGACCCACCGACGACGGCGGCUAA